UUGCAUGACUUUUGUUCUUGUUUGGGAUAAGGGAGAGAAAUUUGCCCGGGACUUUGAUCGUUUUAAAGGGCUGGUGGCCUCCCUCUGUUUUGAUUCACACGACUCUUACACUUCACUCACUCCCUUCUCUCCACGGGCCCAUAUAUACCAUAUAAUCUGUUCGUCCCAGCGUCGACUUACACACUUACAUACCUUUGUUGCUCUUGUUCCUUUUCUUGCCAGCAAACAAGACUGAGAAUCCAAUCGUUCAAAAACAUCAUCUAAACACAAAAAUGAAGGUCCAAACUCUCGCUGUUCUUGCCCUCGGUCUCCUCUCUGGAGAGGUUCUUGGCCAGUCUACCAACACAGACGCUGGUGCCUCUGCGUCCGCCGCCGUCUCCUCUGCCGCUGCGGCCGGCAGCUCUGCUGCCUCCAGCAUUGCCUCUGCUGCCUCGUCCCUGGCUAGCAGCGUCGGAAGCGCUGCCUCUUCAGCUGCCUCUGCUGCUUCAUCUGCUGCCUCGAGCGCUUCAACUGCCGCUUCUGGAACUACCUCUUCUGGCACCAGCAGCAGCACCAGCUCCGGCCCCGUAAGCACCACCGUCACCUCCGUGGAGUCCGGCACUACCGUUCCCCCAACGACCAUUGCCGGAACCACCAACAGCCAAACUACUAUUGCUCCUACCACUGUCCGAGGAACUACUCGUUCUGCUUCUACUCACACUUUCACCACCACCUCUUCCUCCGCCCUGGCCAUUGCUCCCACUGCCGACGCCAAGCUGCUGGCUCCUAUCAUCGCCUCCACCGCAGGUCCCGGCGAUGAUGCCGCUGAAACGACCCGGCCAGACAUCGAAAUCGACGAUAGUUUGAUUCCGAUAUUUACGAGCAGCGCCACAGAAGAUGACGAAGGCAGUGAAGACGAUGAUGAGGAUGCAGCUGGUGAAGUUGGUGAAAAUAACGCUUCCCAGUCCGUACCGGUCAUAAAGAGGAAGAAUAAAAGUAGGGGAAUCAUGGCCAGAGGUCCAACAGCGCUGCCCAAAAACCGUGGCAAUGGAUUCGAAGAGUAUUUUGCGGAUCCGCCUAUGACUCCCGAAGAAGCGAUGCAGGAGAAACAAGAGAUUUACCAUCCUGAUAUUUCGUUUGAGAAGCGAAUGCAGUCGUGUAUUCAACGUUAUCGCUCUCGUCGUCGCCUUCAACACCACCGAACUCUUUACUUUGACGAGUACCUCUUCCUCGGCGGCGUUGAUACAUCUCAGGGAGCAUACACUGGGAUGGAUCCAAAGGAGCUCAAACAGCUCACGCCUGCGCAGCGUAAAGAAGCUACAGCUAGGCACGUCGUCCACGAAGGCUCCUCAGCAGGCGACCGUUUCUACGACGGAGAUGAGACAAAAUGGACCGUGGACUUUUCCGGUGUGGUAGCAGGCUUCUUCUCUACGACUAUUAUACCCUUGACUGGCCUUCAAAUCGGCCCGCUGGAGGACGCAAUAGACGUGAUAGAAAACUUCCUUCGCUACAUCCUUCAUCACGACGUCUGUCCCGAGUAUGAAGGGGAUGUCAAGGGAGCAAUGAAAGUCUGCCAAGCAGCCAGAGAAGAGUGGCCAAUGCUAAACGCUCUGCAGACGACGCUGCCGGGACUCUUCAACCUGGCUGCGACUGAACUUUUCUCCAAGCCUGAUCCCGACGUCUGGGCUUUUCACCUAUUCAAGGUGCAUCAUGGGUUUGAAGCCAAGCCCAUUUUUUACUCAGCCAUUGCCUUGAUUGAAGAUCCCAGGGCAUUCGAAUAUCUCACUCAGGGCCCUGCUACGCUUCUCAGACAAUACGAAUGUACACUGGAGAUCACAAUGGUAGCUCUUCCAAAUGAAGAGACGAUUCAGCGGUUCAAGAGCCUUAAAGCUGAGACACAUGGCGGCACAAACAAGGUCCGACUCGCGCCUAUUGGCAAAGUCACACUCAAGCCAGCCACCAUUGAGGACGGAUGGGUCCAUCCAGACACACCCCAUCCUCUUGAAAGAAAGGAAAUCGAUCUGUACUUUGAACAAGAUGUUCUCGUAAACCUCAAGCCAGGAAUGAAGAUGACGCUUGAGAUCGGCGAGCUUGGGGGUGGAGUGAAUUUUGUCAGGCGCAUUCGAAAAAUCGUCCCAUCAUUCUACACGUUUCUGCCGCAGGAACUCAUGAGAGGCUUCAAGCCCCCGCGUGAGAAUGAUCGUCCUGCGCCAUCUAUUCACAAUCCUAUGGCAGAGGACAGCCAGGCAGUCGAUGAACAAGUCUAA